UGGUAAGACAGGAAGUAGCAUGGUGACACACAAUGCAGGCUGCCCCUAGCAGUCUCAAGAGGAAUCUGAAGCUCCCAUCGCCCUGGGGUGUUGGUCACAGCUGCCCAGCUUCUGCCUGCGGAUGCUGCAAUUACUUCAGAGCCUGAAACCCAGCUUCCCACCUGACUGAGUCAGCUGAAAACAAAACACUGCCACCGCCACACUGGCACAAACACCCAAGCCACUAAUCAGAGUCCCACAGCCACUGGCAGAGAAGGCACUAUCCUCCACUGGCCUAGAGACGGCAGUGCCCAGAGCAGCCAGAGAGGAGAGCUGGGUGCAUCUGCCUCUGCCUGCGGAAGGAGCCCGUGAGAGAAUCUUCCUCUGCCACCCAGCUGCUCUUGCCCCAGCGCCGUAAGUGCUCUGCUCCCGCUGGGGUUUUUUCCACUGCCCUAUCAGGUAACCAGGUCACUCCUGUCCCUGUGGGGCCUCUUGCGACCAGGACUCCUAGCUCUUUGCUCUCCUGGACAAAAAGUGCUCCUUCCUGGGCCUCGUGUCACCAUCCAAGAUGCUGGCCAGAGGACUGUGCUGAGCAGAAGCCCAGGCCUCCGCUUCAAGUGCACUCAUACUGUCCCUGACUGCUGGCAUUCACCGCCCAGUGGGGACCUGAUGGUCACUAGCUGCUGCUGAGUGCCGGGUUUCUGAGGUGCCAGGGCUGCCUGCUGGCUCCCUUGGGUCCCAUGGAGACCUGGCGGAAAGGCUCCUUCUGCAGUGCCUCCUUCCUCAAGCGGCUGACCCUGGGGCGGCCACGGCGACUCCGGCGACAGGGCAGUGAGCUGAGCCAGGCCAGCACUGCUGCUGGUGACCACGAGGAGUACAGCAACCGAGAGGUCAUCCGGGAACUUCGAGGGAGGCCGGAUGGACGGCGUCUGCCCUUGUGGGGAGAUGAGCAGCCUCGGGCCACCCUGCUGGCCCCACCCAAGCCCCCACGCCUCUACCGAGAGAGUUGCAGCUGCCCUGACAUCCUGGAGGCCCCUGCGGCCUACCCUACUGCCCACGCCGCUCGUCUGCCCUCGGCACUCUCCCUGGCGGGCACCCUUCACCAGUCCUCAGAGGAGGGCCUUUUGGACACUGCCCCCUUUCAGAGGACACCCGCUCCAGACCUAGGUGACCAGUUCUUCUCCUUCAAGGUGGACCUGGGGAUUUCGCUGCUUGAGGAGGUUCUACAGAUGCUGAGGGAGCAGUUCCCCAGUGAGCCCAGCUUCUGAGUGGGUGAGCAGGGCAGAGCUGGGGUGACGUAGAAGCUGAAGCCUGGCAACCCAAGGGAGGGGGGUACAGUUGUGCCACGAGGAAAAGGCAAAGAUAGGAAUCCAGAGUUCUCCCUGCCUUCUGGGUCCUGAACAGUUGUCCAAGUUACCCAGAAGGACAGGACAGAGACCAGUGGAGACACAGGAGGUCAUUUUCUAGCAGGUGCCCUGGAGGAACCUACUGAAGCCAGGAAGGGGAGGCCACACCUGGUAACCACAGAGGCCAGCAGAGUCACAGGAGGGCACAGGGGUGAGUCAGGGCGAGGACACUGACUAGGCAGAAUCGACACUGCCCUGCACCAGCCUCCUCUGCAGCAACUGUCAGCACAGAGGUCAUGGGACACAUCGGGGCCAAAGCGGUCCAGCCCAAGCUGAAGGGGACAGUGGGGAGGCCUGAGAGGGGAAAUAGGCUUGCCUCUGUCCAGUUGGGUGGCCACUUGAUACAUAUGGCUACUUAAGGACACUGAAAUAAAAACCCUAAAUCAGUUCCUUGCUACACUAGCCAUGUUUCAAAUGUUCGGUUACACCUGGUUAAUGGUACCACACUGGGAAGCACAGCAAGGACAGGGACAUCCCUGGACAGUCCACCAGACAGCACUGGCUGGACUCUGGCCUGCAGCCAUUCACACAUAGGAUGGGCAGGGAAGGGAGAAGCAUCCGAGGCUGCAGGAGCAAGAACAGGCUGGGGAGAGGUAGGUAGAGACACAGAGCAAAACGAAAGAGGAAAACCAAACAAAUCACUAACAGCGAAGAAGA